AUGAACGCCUACAAACACCGAAGAAACGAGAAUGUUGAAGAAACCAAACGUAAUUUUAAGGAAGAGAUCUCUCAACAAAGGGAUAGAAAAACCGGAGCGAAGCAACCAAAACGCUUUGAUACUGGUGCUGAUAAAAAACAGACAACAGUAAAGCCCCAGACCCAAUUUGAUGAUUCCAUGUACAAAGAUUUACCAAUAGGAUUUGAUGGAGCAGCGUUUCUGUCUCGGUUGCCCCAUGAAAUGACUUCUGCUGAAGCUGCAUAUUUCAAAGAUAUAGCGUCAGUAGGUCAGGUUGCUCAAAAAGUCUAUUUACAAAUUAGAAACAGAAUUCUUCAUCAGUGGGUAGAACAUCCAAAGGUACAAUUAACCGCGGAAAAUGCACUGAAAAAUGUUGAACCGCCUUAUAAUACCGAUGCGCGAUUAGUUAAUAGGAUUCAUAUGUUUCUUGAACGCAAUGGUUAUAUAAUAGGAGUUUUCAGAAGAUUAAAACAAAUUCCGAACAAGAAAUUUGCACGAGUGGUAGUGAUUGGAGCAGGAAUUGCUGGUUUAUGCGCUGCAAAACAAUUACAACAAUUUGGUUUUGAUGUCGUUGUAUUAGAAGCACGAGAUAGAGUAGGCGGAAGAAUAACUACUUUCCGAAAAUGCAACUACAUUGCUGAUUUAGGUGCAAUGGUAGUAACAGGUUUAGGAGGCAAUCCAGUCACUACAUUAAGUAAACAAAUCAAUAUGCAACUGCAUAAAAUUAGCCAAAAGUGUCCCUUAUAUGAAUCCAAUGGUAAUACUGUUCCGAGAGAUAAAGACGAAAUGGUCGAAAGAGAAUUUAAUAGAUUAUUGGAAGCAACUAGUUAUUUAUCACAUCAAUUAGACUUCAAUUACGCUGGUAAUAGGCCAGUAUCUUUGGGCCAAGCAAUGGAAUGGAUGAUCAAAUUGCGAAAACAUGUAAAAGAAAUGCAAGUUCAAUAUUUGAAAAAUAUCAUUCAGCAACAAGAAAAACUGAAAGAAAAUCAGUCACAAAUGCUGGAACUCAAACAUACAUUAGUGGAACGAAAAGGUAAAAUCGAUAGCCUUCAAAAGAUAGUACGAACAAGAGAUCCGAAGGAAAAAAAAGAUAUGAAAGAGGAGUUUGAGAUAAAAAUGAUUAUGAAGGAGAUAAAUGGAUUGUGUAGUAAAUGGGAUGAAAUGAAGAAACAACAAAAUGAAAUAGAAUCCAAAUUAAGAGAUUUAGAAGAUAACCCACCGAGUGAUGUCUAUUUAUCGACUCAAGACAGACAAAUUCUCGAUUGGCAUUUUGCCAAUUUAGAAUUCGCAAACGCAACUCCUUUAAAUAACUUAUCUUUGAAAUAUUGGGAUCAGGACGAUGAUUUUGAGUUCACCGGCACUCACCUUACCGUGCGUAACGGAUACUCAUGUCUACCAGUUGCGUUAUCAGAAGGGUUAAAUUUACAACUCAACACAGCUGUGAAAACCAUAAGAUAUCAUCAAAACGGAGUUGAAAUUACUGUAGAAGACCAAAAAACAAAUAAGCCAGGAUUACAGACAUAUAAAGCCGAUGCAGUUUUAUGCACAUUGCCAUUGGGUGUAUUGAAGUUAGCGAAUUCCAAUUCGAGCCAGACGAAUAGCGUAUGUUUUGAUCCUCCAUUACCAGAGUUCAAGAAAGCGGCUAUAACUCGCCGAUUCGGAAACUUAAAUAAAGUAGUAUUAUGUUUCGAUCGAAUCUUCUGGGAUCCGAACGCUAAUAUGUUUUGGACACGUGGCAGUACUACGGCAAGUCGCGGAGAGCUAUUUUUGUUUUGGAACUUAUAUCAAGCACCUACUCUCUUAGCUCUCGUGGCCGGAGAAGCUGCUGCAAUUAUGGAGAACGUGACGGAUGACGUGGUAGUCGGCAGAUGUAUAGCAGUCUUAAAAGGAAUCUUUGGUAAUACAGCCGUACCACAACCAAGAGAGACCAUUGUCACCAGAUGGAAGACCGAUCCAUGGUCGAGAGGAUCUUACAGUUUCGUCGCAGUAGGCGCUUCCGGAAGUGACUAUGAUCUAUUAGCAACUCCAGUACAUCCACCUACUCCUGCAGGUCAACCUAUAAAACCUAGGGUAUUUUUUGCUGGAGAACAUACAAUAAGAAACUAUCCUGCGACUGUGCAUGGAGCACUGCUCAGUGGUAUAAGGGAGGGAGCCAGAAUAGCUGAUCAGUUUCUAGGAUGCCCGUUUAGUCAUGAAGCUGCUAACUGA